GCUGCGUCUAUACGGACAGCUACAAACCACCGCGAAGAUGCGUAUCUUCCAGUCAAUUCUUCCUCUGUGCCUGCUGUUCGCUGGGGGCUUCGCGAAAAAAGACUCAUAUGAGGAAUUUCGUCAGCUAUCCCAGCGCUCUUCGCCUUUGAAGCUGAAUGAUGCCACAUAUUCUUCUUUAACAGCCGCUCCAAGAAACCAUAGCGUGGCUGUCCUCCUCACUGCUUUGGAAACCAGGUUCGGCUGCCAGCUUUGCCAAGAAUUCGCGCCUGAGUGGGAGGUUCUCGGACGCAGUUGGACUCGAGGCGACAAAGCCGGCGAGUCACGACUCAUCUUUGGUACGCUGGAUUUCGCUGAUGGUCGAGAGACUUUUAUUUCGCUUGGCCUCCAAACCGCCCCGGUGCUCCUCCUCUUUAACCCGACUAUUGGACCCCAUGCCGCUGCCUCUCCAGAGCCUGUUCGAUACGAUUUCACGGCAGGGCCUUCCGCAGCUGAGCAAGUUCAUUCCUGGAUCUCUCGGCAGCUUCCCAAUAGACCACACCCGCCUGUGCAACGACCCUUCAACUGGCUUCGAUGGGCCUCCACCGUGACCAUUGUCCUCGGCGUCGGUACUGCGUUGGCCAGUGCGUCUGCUUAUGUGCUGCCUAUCAUCCAAAACCGCAACAUCUGGGCUUCCAUCAGCCUGAUUGCUAUUCUCCUCUUCAUUAGCGGUCAUAUGUUCAACCACAUUCGGAAAGUUCCAUACAUUGUUGGAGAUGGCCAUGGUGGCGUCAGCUAUAUCGCAGGAGGCUUCCAGAACCAGCUUGGAUUGGAAACCCAAAUCGUGGCGGCUAUCUACGGUGUGCUCUCAUUCUGUGCCAUCACCUUGGCUGUCAAGGUUCCUCGCAUGGCCGAUGCCAAAACCCAGCAGGUCGCGGUUGUCGUUUGGAGCGUUAUACUAUUCCUGGUAUACAGCUUUCUCCUAAGCGUCUUCCGCGUCAAGAACUCUGGCUACCCAUUCUCCUUGCCUCCCUUCAUGUAAGUGGAGUGUGAUAAGACAUAUCAAGGUGAACAUUUAUACAAUUAGCAAGGCCCUAAUUGAUACAUUACUGCGCUUGCUGCGCAGAUACCAAUGUCUGAAAGGAUGGAUCGUCGACAUCAUAGUAACUAGUUAGUAGAUGAGGGCGUUGCAUUGGGUGUAACUACUGGCGGUAUAAGCUACGACCGACAUUCGCAAUCUAGCUCUACUGAUGCAGUGGAAGAGGUCUUUAGCCGGUGUCGUUGUAAAUAUGACUGAAUUGGGAUGAGGAAGUUCUCAUCGAGACGCCGCAAUUGUAAAAAAAGAUACAAACUUUGUCGAGCAAUACCAACCAACGUGUGAGUGCUGUAGGAGAUAUCG